GUGAUGAGAGCUUGAUAUUGCGGAGCUUAACGCGCAGUGGUCGUAGUAGUUUGUUAGAAGACAAGCAACACGGAUGUCCGACACCACAUUUAUAGCGGCGAUUAGCGUGAAAAUAAGCUUAAAAUCAUAGAGAUGUCGCAGCUGCGAUUCAUUAUUGUCAUGUGCUAUUUUAUAGCCAUGGCGCUAGGGAUACCCACUUAUGAGGUGCCGAAAGCAAAAAUAGUUGUGUACUAUCCGAAAGGCUUUGAAGUCUCCAUACCGCACGAGGAGGGCAUCACGCUCUUCGCCUUCCACGGCAAACUCAAUGAGGAAAUGGAAGGUUUAGAAGCGGGCACCUGGUCCAGAGAUAUUGUCAAAAAAAAGAAUGGACGUUGGACUUACAACGAACGCAACGCCAAGUUGAGAAUUGGUGAUACGCUCUACUAUUGGACUUAUGUGAUCUACAAUGGUUUGGGUUAUCGUGAAGAUGACGGCGUGUUUACGGUGCGCGAGUAUGCGAAUCACACUACGGACGCCGGCGAGGAGACAAAACGCGCUGAGCAUGGAAAAGGUGGCAGUGGCAGCAGCAGCAGCAGCAUAAGCGGUAGCGUAGCUAACAACGUUGUUGGUAGUACCGCCACGAGCAGUGGUAGCGUUGACACUACCUGCAGCAAUAGCGAUACUCACGGCGGCGCCGGCAUCAUUGAUGUGCGCACUGACAUAUGCAAAGCUUCAUUGUCUUAUAAAAAUGGCCUUCAGCAGCAAUGUGCUAAUCAAUUGCUAUUUGAAGAUAAUUUCACUGGCACACAGUUGAACAAAGAUCGUUGGACUGUGGAAGAGCGCUUCGCCACAAAACCAGAUCAGGAAUUCGUGCUGUACUUGAAUGUGUCUGAGGUUUUACAAGUGAAGAAUGGCAUGGUUAGAAUAUUCCCCGAACUGACCGGCAGCCAUUUUCAACAACACAAUCAUCCGUUAAAUAUUAAACAUGACAUUGGACCGCGUUGCACCGGGCGUGCGAACAGUGAAGAAUGUGUGCGCGAUGGCAGCGCGACAUCUUACUUAUCUAUACCGCCCUUCAUAGCCGCACAAUUCUCCACAAAGCGACAUUUCUCCUUCAAAUAUGGACGCGUUGAGAUACGCGCGAAAUUGCCACGCGCCAACUGGGUCUUCCCGCAAUUGUGGCUGCAGCCAGUGAAUGAAAAAUAUGGCGCCGACGACUAUCAAUCGGGUCAAAUGCGCAUCGCCUUUAGCUAUGUAAAUGAUACUAAAAUGCAUCUUUUCGGUGGUUUGAUUGUGAAUGCGAAUAGCAGUUGGCGCUGGGAGAAGUUGUGUGAAUUUCCGAAUGCACAGCAGCUCGACUUGGGCAACGACUUUCAUGUUUACACGCUGAUUUGGACGGAAGAGCAUAUUUCGGUAGCCAUAGAUAAUGAGGUGUAUUGUAAUUUUAAUCCCGACAGACACGGUACGCUGGCUAAUUUGAACAAGGACGAGUUGGAGUUGCCGAAUAGCGAUUUACUUAAGAAGGGUAGUAAAAUGGCGCCCUUCGAUCAAGAAUUCUACAUCACUUUGGGUUAUGGCAUUGGUGGUGUGAAUGAUUUCAACGAAGAUUUAUACCACUGGCAACCGGAGAAACCGUGGGAGAAUACGAAUCAACGUGGCAUGAGCACGCUGCUGAAGGCGGUAGAGCCAAAUUUUGAUCAUUGGUUGGAGUUUGGCGAAUUGCUUAUUGAUUACGUAAAGGUCUAUGCAAUUUAGAGUUUUAGUUGCAUAAAGUGUACUUCAUUUUUCUAAAAUUGUAGCGAAUUUUUAAUAAAUUUUUGUAACAAAAACUAUAUAUAUUCUAUAUUGAAUCUUUAGUGUGCACAUUGAGUGCGAGAGAAAUUUGGUAGUAAAUGUCAACAAAAUAAACCAAGUAGAAAGCAAAAACCUUAAAACAAAAUACAAAAACAAAAAAUGCA